AUGCUUUACCAGGAUGCUAUGGCUAUGGUUAGAAAAUAUGGAAAACCGUCGCUUUUCAUAACUUUUACAUGCAACCCAAAAUGGCCAGAAGUCAUUCAGAAUAUUGAGAGAUACCAGGGACCGGAAAUGCGUCCAGAACUGAUAGCCCGGGUUUUUAAGCAGAAGCUCAAUGAGCUUAUGGACGAUAUUUCCCAGAGGAAUGUGUUUGGAAAGGUGAAAUACUACCUAAAUGUCAUUGAGUUUCAAAAACGGGGUCUACCACAUGCCCAAAUCUUAGUAGCACUUCACGAAGAAGAUGUUAUUCGCGAGCCUUCCGAAAUUGACCUGGUUGUUUGCGCUGAGAUUCCUAAUAAGGAGGCAGAGCCUGAGUUGUAUGAAAUAGUCUCAAAAUGUAUGAUUCAUGGCCCAUGUGGAGUACUUAAUUCAUCAUCGCCCUGCAUUACUGAUACGGGAAUUUGCUCCAAAAACUAUCCGAAAACUUUUCAUGCUAAUACGCUUUCAAACGUUAACGGCUAUCCUCAAUAUCGCCGCCGCAAUGAUGGAAAUAAAAUAGUUGUUCGUGCCAAUAAACAUUUAAUUGAAAUAGACAACCGAUGGAUAGUCCCAAACAACAAAUAUAUGACCAAAAAAUACAGUGCCCAUAUUAAUGUCGAAAUAUGUUCAUCGAUAAAAAGCGUUAAAUACCUCCACAAAUAUAUUUACAAAGAAUAUGAUUGCGCAACAGUUCAAAUUAUUGAACACCCAAUUGAUCGCGUGGAUAAUCAUGAUGAAAUAUCUUCAUUUAUAGACGCUCAAUAUGUUAGCGCGCCUGAGGCCUGGCGCGUGGAUAAUCAUGAUGAAAUAUCUUCAUUUAUAGACGCUCAAUAUGUUAGCGCGCCUGAAGCCUGUUGGAG